AUGGCGAAAGUUAUGAGAACCUGGCAAUACUCUGCCAUCCAAGGCAACCUAGAAGACUGCUUGACCCUCAAAGACGACGCCCCCGUUCCGGACGUUGCUUCCUUGGCCAAGGACGAGCUCCUCGUCGAAGUCAUCAGCGCCUCGCUUAAUCCAGUCGACUACAAGAUCCCAGAGGCGCCACUCUUCGGCCGCCUCCUGAUAGCGCGCCCCGCGACUCCUGGAAUGGACCUCUGCGGCCGCGUUGUCGGCAAACAUCCAUCAAACACCUCCUUCGCAGAGGGUCAGCUCAUUUUCGGCGGCUAUGCUAUGAGCAAUCAGAGGGGUACCCUCAGCCAAUAUUGCAUCAUCUCCUCGGCGAACGUCAUACCAUUGCCAGAGGGGAUCAGCCCGGACGACGCGGCGGCGGUAGGCACAGCUGCCACCACGGGUUACCAGUCAAUUAUGCCUAGCACCCUCCAACCAGGCGCGAAGGUCUUCAUCAACGGCGGAAGUGGUGGGACGGGGACCUGGGCCAUACAGUUUGCCAAGGCCUUGGGUGCCGAGGUCGUCACGACGUGCUCGACUGCAAACGUCGAGCUUUGUCGGGGGCUUGGUGCCGACGAGGUGAUCGACUAUAGGAAAACAGACGUGGUGGCGGGCCUCAAGGCCCGAGGGAAAAUCUUCGAUCUGGUGGUCGAUAACGUCGGCAACACCACAGAGCUGUAUGACAACAGUCAACAGUAUCUGAAACCCGGGGGCACAUUCGUUUCGGUUGGUGUCGGUCCGGGUAUGUCGGUCACAGGCACCUUCUCCACCCUGUUCAAGCAGAUGCGCUCGGGAUUCUACUUUGUGCAGCAGAAGAACGACCCGAAGUUCUUCGAGCAAAUUGCACAGUGGAUGGUGGAGGGGAAGGCGCGAGCAGUCAUUGACUCUACAUUUCCGUUUGAUCAAGUGAAAGAAGCUUACAGAAAGCUGAGGGAAGGAAGAACCAAGGGAAAGAUUGUUGUUCAUGUAAAAGGCUAG